GUUCGUUUCAGGUAGUAACGUGAAUGAAGCGUGGUGAAUCACAAAACCACGAAUCGAUAGAAUGCAGUGUCGUACGACAUAAACUAGAACGUUUAUAUAGUUUUCAUAUUCAUGAUUGGUUGCAAAAAUCACAACUUAUUUUGGAAUAUUUGGAAGGCAGUGUAGCAUAUAGUUUAGUGUUUUGGAUAUUUAUUAUAAAAUUCAUGUGUAUUAAUUUGAAUUAAGGAUUUGUUCAGCUGUAGUUUUCCAAUGGGUCGUGGGGGAGAGAGACGAGAGAAGUUAGGGGCGGGGCAGGUUAUCCCAUGGAGUGAGGUGGAGAAACAUUCGUCUCGUGAUGACCGGUGGAUAGUUAUUGACGGUCACGUGUACGACGUAACGGAAUGGUCCAAAAAGCAUCCCGGUGGAGCAAAGCUUCUAGGUCACUACGCUGGACAAGACGCUACUGAAGCGUUCGGUGCUUUCCAUACUAAUUUGGACCAUGUGAAGAAGUACCUUAAACCAAUUCAUGUCGGGCCUGUGGAAGGUUACGUGGAUCAUGAAAUGAACAAAGAUUUCAGAAAGUUGAAAGAAACAGCAAUUAGAAUGAAACUGUUUGAACCAAGCUAUGUUUUCUACUCGGUUACUUUAGGACAUAUACUUGUUCUACAAGUUCUUGCCUAUCUCGUGUUUCUAUGGUAUGGUGUCCAUUUCUGGACAGUGGUCGCCUCAUUGAUAAUGUAUUCUACCGCCCAGACACAAGCAGGAUGGCUGCAUCAUGACUUUGGUCACCUGUCGGUGUUCAAGGACUCCAAAUCAAACCAUUACUUUCACCAUUUCAUUUUGACUUUCUUUAAGGGCUGUUCCUCAAGCUGGUGGAAUAACUUACAUUAUCAACAUCACGCUAAACCAAAUGUGAUGAACAAGGACCCGGAUGUACGUUUGGAGAAGUUGUUUGUUGUCGGCGACGUCAUGCCCGUCCAGGUAGUUUUUAUCAUUAUAAACGCCAACUUUCUAGAAAAAUCUUUCGAAGUUACAAGCAGUCAUUAUUAUUUUUUUUCAGUCGGACCACCAUUGCUGUUCCCUGUGUACUUCCAGUUUAUGUUGUUUAGAUUUCAAAUCACUAGAAGAUUAUGGAAGGAACUGAGUAUUUGUUUAAUGUAUUACAUAAUACAUUUUUACCUUCAUAUACCUCUGCUCGGCGUUGGAGGGGCAGUAGCACAUUAUUUUACUAUGAGAUGUUUAGAGAGUCACUGGUUUACCUGGGUGUCACAAUCUAACCAUAUUCCCAUGGACAUCAAGGCAGAUGAGGCCAGUCCCUGGCUCAAGCUGCAGUUGAAUGCUACUUGUGACAUAGAGAAGUCAUUCUUCAAUGAUUGGUUUACAGGACAUCUUAAUCAUCAAAUAGAACACCAUCUAUUCCCGACUAUGCCACGCCACAAUUUGUAUAAGGUGGCGCCCCUAGUGAAAUCCUUAUGCGAGAAACACGACAUACCGUACAUAGUGAAACCUUUAGGACAGGCAUUCGUUGAUAUAGUCAAGUCACUGAAGUCUUCAGGGGAUCUUUGGCAAGAGACAUAUAACGAGUUUCACUGUCAUUAGGGCGUCUUAAGAUACAGGAAAGAACUUUUAGGGAACUAAUUUAUAUACUUAUGGUUGUUGUCUAACCCUUUUGCUAAAAAAAGAUGUUAACUUUAAUUUUGAAAGAAAAGUUUGAAACAUGUUUUGAAUUUAAAACCAGUAAGUGACAAUAACUUAUGCUUUAGAUUUUUUAUGAAGCCGGACUAAUAUGUCCGGCUUCAAAAUCCUGGAGAAAAAACCCGAUCUCUCUGUUACAAUAUUAAAAUUUAAAACAAUCUAAAAUUAUAUCCUGGGGUAUGAACUUGAAAGUGUCUGACUGCUUAUCUGUUGAGCCCCUGUAAGAUCUUUUAUAUUUUUGUAUCCGUAUACUUUAAAUAUGCACAUAUGUAAUUGUUAACGUAUAUGUUGUUAUAUGUUAUUUUAUUUGGCAUCUGUUCAUGAUUAUGUAGUAUGUUGAUAGGCAAAAAUGUUUUUCACAUUUAUACACUAUUUUUGAUAAGAUUUUAAUAGGUAAUGGUUUUGUAUUUCUCAAAUUUUACAAGACUUUCGUAUAAAAUAAAAUUCUUGCAAAAAGCGACUAUUAUUCAAAGCAAUUGUAUCCGCUUAAAUUAUAUUUGAUUUAUUAAUUUGUAAUUGUUUGUUUUAGGCUUUCGUAUUUAGAUAGAAAAUAUCGCACUGCUGGCAUUACAUUUUUUUAUGUUAAUAUUUGGAAAAAAUUAUGAGUUGAUGAAGUCUGUUAUUAAAUUUUUAACUGAAAAUUUGUGUUAAUGAAAUAUUGUAGGUUUAUUGUUGUAGCCUUUGCGAGAGAUCUGAGCUUUUUUCUAUUUUAUCUGCAAAUAAAAUGAAUAUCACCUGUAUUCCUCGAAUGCUUCAGAAAUGAAAGGGACACUAUUUUAUUGUCACGAUGGAUUGCAGGGUUAUAUUAGUGAUCAUUUAUUUACUUUUAUACUUAACUUGUUUUCUACAUCCAUAUGUGGUAUAUACAUCCAUAUUCUUAUUUGGUACACACAUUUGUACAUUCAUCCAUUUGUGGUACACGUAUUCAUACAAUAUGAAAGUUCACUUAAAUUGUCAAUAAGUUGAGACUCGUGUGCCAUGUAUGGAAACAGUUUUAGUAUUCGUUAAACAUUUACAAUUGCGAAUCUCAAAUGGUGCUAUCUAACGAACAUUUGACACAUGAACUCUUUUAAUUUGUAAAGUUUACAAAUAAGCAGUCUGGCCGAAAUGCUAGCAUGCUGUUUUUAUUUGCUUCCGGUCCCGUGGCUUCAGAAGUUUAAAAAUACUACUGAUAAAAUAAACUGCAGGUGAAGCGAGA